UGCAGGUGUCAAGUACCGACUUAGGGCACAGCGGCCCGUUUACUUUUUCUUGGUAUGGAAGAUAUCUUGACGCACUUCUGACGGUUAGCUGUCAGUUUGGUCGCCCGCGCAAGACACGCGCUUUCUAGUGGUACGGUCGGUGACGGUUGGCAAUUCCGAACAACCCGACUUAACAUGCCCCCUUCUCUCCACUCAAGAAGCAUCCCCUGAAGCUUCUCUACCCUUCCCAAGCCAUCCAUCAGUCUCUCUCUCUCUCUCUCUCUCUCUCUCUCUGACUACGUCAAAGCUAGCAGCAUGGCGUCAGGAUAAGGAUAAAAGUUUCAAGCAUUGAACCAUCCGUUUAAAGCACAUGUUGUUUUGACUUGUGGCAGUUUGGAAAGAUCCGACUGCUGCACCAACUUGGACUGCACAGACUGGUGCAGAUGAGAAAUGUCACAAUACUCGACCACCAACAUCCACAGACUAUCUCUCAGGGAGUGGAGUACUGAUGCUGCUGGGUAGCACAAUUAAGCUGAUUAGAUCCUUAAUGUCAUUAUAGUUAAUUUUUAAUAACGUCAUCGAAGCUUCAAAUAACAUUAUUUUCAUAGAGUAAUAGCUUUUCCUUUUAGAUUGAAGUCUUUGCUAUUGGACGUGACUUUAUUGGAAGGAUACUAAUAUUUUUAAUUAAUAAUUUAAAUAUGUUGAACAUAGAAAUAUGUGUAAGGGGGCAAAUAUGCUAUUUCGAACCUUUGAAGGGAUAGAUAUGUGAAGAACAGAGCAGGACAGGAUCCAUCCAACGGUCAGGAUUGUCCAGCCUCGUCUGCCACAUACCACCCUCCUUCAAAGCUGGUCAUCGGGGAGUGUAUCAAAGAAACCCCACCGCCGCCCAUCGAGAUGCUCUCCGUCCGGCCAUCCUCUCCUCCGCCCUGCCUGGCGGCCCCGCCUCCGCCGCUCACCCGCCCCUGCCCUGCUCGGCGGCUCCUCCCCUGCGCCGCCGUGGCCGCCGCCACUGGACAGCGAGGAAGGCGACGAGGCGACGACGAUUACCACGCUACCAUCCGGUCCCUCAACUCCCGCGGCCGCCACACUCCAAGAAAGUCGCUCGGCCAGCAUUAUAUGUUGAAUUCGAGCGUUAACGAGGAGCUCGUUAGGGUCGCGGGGGUCGGAGAAGGCGAUGUCGUCCUGGAGAUAGGGCCAGGAACUGGUUCUUUGACCAACGUCCUGAUAGAUGCCGGCGCUACGGUGGUUGCCAUCGAAAAGGAUCCACACAUGGCCACUCUUGUUCAGGAAAGGUUUCGUUCUACAGACCAAUUGAUGGUUUUGCAAGAAGACUUCACAAAAUGCCAUAUCCAUUCACAUUUAAGUUCAUUAUUGGAGAAGAAUCACAAGGAAAGCAGUCCAACAUAUGCCAAGGUGGUUUCAAAUUUACCUUUUAAUAUAAGCACAGAAGUCGUGAAGCAACUUCUUCCUAUGGGUGAUGUCUUCUCUGAUGUCGUCCUUUUACUUCAGGAUGAGGCUGCAUCACGCCUGGCAGAUUGUUCUUUACGAACACCAGAGUACAGACCCAUUAACAUUUUUGUGAAGUUCUACUCAGAUCCAGCUUACAUAAUCAAAGUUGAAAGGACCAACUUUUUUCCUGAGCCAAAUGUUGAUGCUGCUAUUAUUAGAUUUAGACUGAAGCGAAGUGCAGAAUAUCCAAUGGUUGCUUCAUCUAAAAGCUUCUUUUCAACGGUUAAUUCUGCCUUUAAUGGGAAGAGGAAAAUGCUGCGUAAAUCACUGCAGCAUAUAUGUCCAUCUGUUGAAAUUGAGGCUGCUUUAAUUACCAUUGGUCAGCCGGUCACAGCCAGACCCGAAGAGCUAACGUUGGAUGAUUUUGUGAGCCUACACAAUUUAAUUGCAAAAAAUUAGCUCUUCGUGUCUUAUAAAGAAUGGAUCAUGAGCUGCCUGACCGCCAGAAAGGGAAUUCUUGUGCUGGGAUCUUCAAGGAAGAGUUAUUUGAUCAAGUAGGUCAAAUCUGUGUCAGCCAUCCAAGAGCAUACUUGGAGAAGGGUUUGUGCAAAGACCAGAUUCCGAAAGGUGAAAUAUCAUCCUAGAAGCACAAUAGCACGAAGCAUGAUUACAGUAUAAAACGGCUACAAAUUUCGGCUGCCACAUGUAGAAGAAGUGAUUCGACUUGCAUGUUAGGGUUUGUGUAAGAUUGGAAGCUGGGUCUAUGACUGACUACCUUGCGGAGAAUCGAAAGAACAAUUGAUGAACUGAGAAUGGCACCCCCAACAACGACGAAGUUACAUGUUGAACUGGAAAUCUCGUGUUGGUAAGCUGAAUUAAAGCUUGCAGUUGCAUUGUAUCUCCCUUUCAAGAUCUGUGUAAAGGUAAAAUGAGAUCCUUCAUUCA